GAAUGAUUGUGGCCAAGUCAGUGCCCAGAUGCUGCAUCCAAAUGUUGGCGUGUGUGCUAUGGAGCAUAAAACUCAACGCUUGGACAAGCUCAUCUUCUGUUAUAAUUGUUGCAUCUAUAUGAUUGAGCACACUUUCAAAAGGACGCUCUCAACUUUGCGUGCAUCCCUCGGCAUUUAAAUAAAGGAUGGACACAUAUAUUCGAAAUAGUCAUGAAGAAAUUGUGGGACGUAUUUCAUGAAUACGAAAUGUGGCGGAAGGCAGUGGCGAUGUUUCGUGAAUUUAUAAGGACUUUGCCGACGACCUUUCGUGGAUUUAUAAGGACUUUUGUGACGAACUUUUGUGGAUUUAUAAGGACUUUUCCAACGACCUUUUGUGGAUUUAUAAGGACUUUUGUGCAAAAAAAAGGGCUGCUUUGGAUUUUUGUGCUCGCCAUUUCUGGAUGGAGCACGGUUACCAUAUUGGUUCUUUUAAAAAACAGAUACGAAACGGACUCCACGACCAUAGGGCUGUCGACUGCAUAUCUUCGCUGGACAAACACCUUCCCAUCGAUUGCAAUCUGUUUGACAAAAACGCAAUCGGGAAGCGAAUUCCAGGACGCAAUAAAGAAACGUUUUGGUCCAAAAAUACCCUACGUCAUAAUAAGAAGUUUAUACUCAUAUAUUUUUGUUAACCCUAACAACAUAAACGCAGCAUCAACCGCUUGCAAGAAGCCGAACUCGUGCGAUUUUGAUAUCUUUGAAUUAAGAAGAGAGUUCUUUCCAACAAAUUGCACUGGGAUCUUUGAGAAAGUAUACUUUCGUGAAGAAUUGCAGCCAGAUUGCGAAGAGAUAUUCAAGUUUCAUGAGACGGAAAUGGGCUACUGCUUUCUGGCAAACAAUCUAUUGGACUAUAAGUCUAUCGAAGAGAUGCCUCUCAGGUAUUCUUCGUUGGAAAAACACCGAAAUCUGCGAUUAAUUUUACGACGAUCUCCAAUAUAUGGGUAUGAGUUGUACGUCAACAGCCCUGAGGAUCUUCCCUUCUUCAAUGCCUUGUCCUACAGCAUCUCACACGAGCCCCAAGUACACGCCUUCAACGUCGAGGAGAUUGACAAUCACGAAGGCGUCAUCGACGAGCCUGUUUCCCAAAGAAAGUGCAAGUUCCCAAGCGAAAGUUCCGUCGAAGGGUUUCCUUACAGCUUCUCGACCUGCAUGUCCAUCAUCCGGAGUAAGUUUGAGAUGGAACUGUGCAACUGCUCUAUAUUCAGCCCCCAGAAUCGCAACGAAAGUAUCUUUUGCGGAAUGUUGGAUCUCCAAUGCUUGGACAACGCAAAGUUGGCAUCUAGAGUGAAGGAUUACGUUGGACAGAACAUGGCUUGCUUGCCAUCCUGCGUGGAGCAGCAGAUAAGUCUAGUGGGGUCCCAACUAGAUAAAAACAGCUCAUACAAGAAUCAAGAAAAUGUCGUCGAUAUUCAAAUAGCCUCUCCACCCACAGCGAGGUAUCACCGAACAGUCACCCAGACCAAACUGGAUCUAAUAGUUGGCAUCGGAAGUGUGGUAGGACUCUUCUUCGGCGCAUCCCUGCUGAACCUCUUGGAGAUCAUAUCGUACUUCAUAAAGACGGUCAAGACUAUGGUUUUUGGUUAGGACCUUUAUUGAUUUUCGCUCUUCAACUUCGCA